UUUUCGCAAAAAACAUUUUUCUGCACACAUUUUUAGACGUUUCUUUCGUCAGAAAACCAUUUUAAUUGAGGCGGAAUACACAAAUUUCAGUGUCAUGGAGGUAGAAAAAGCAGAAAAAUGCUUGACUCCUCGAAUAAAUAAUUUUUGGGAAAGAAAGAAAAAUUACUUCGAGAUUGCUGCUGUUCAAUCAAGUGUUGGGAAAGUUAAUCCUGAUUUGCCGGAUGCACUCCUGGCUCCGUUGAUCACAGUUUUGGAUCCAUGUACUAUUCAUUCCUCAAUUCACGCAAAAGUCGAUUGGAAUCUAGUAGCAUCACGACUAAAACGACUCAAUAUUUUGAGUAGGCAAACUCGCGGAGUUGCAUCUCUAAAUAGGCCAUCGGGAUCGCAAAACUUAGAUGGGGCAUCAGAUAUUGAAGGAUCAUCGGAUGGAGGUUCAUCUCCAGCGUUUCAUCAAAGAAAACGAGGAAAUAGCCGAGGAAUAGAAGGAGCCGGAGAACCAAUGGAAGUAGAAAUGACUGAAGAAAUGAUGUUGAAAAAAGAUAAAGACACAUUUAUCGAUGAAAUCGUGGAUUUAGUUAGGGAUAUUCAAAAACACAACGACGCAUCAAUGUCUUCACAACCAACAUGGAUCGAUCGAUUAUCAGUGGAAAAGAUAUCAAAUCAAAUAUUGAUGCUUCAGAAUUAUCUUCCAUCGCUACUCACAGUCGAAGAAAUUAUAAAUGCACUUCUCUUUGAACACGGACCAGAUGUCAUUGAAAAUCUUAUAAUCGAAACGCCUGAAAAUUUGGUCACAAUUGUCAAUAUUCUGACUAACAAUCCAACACCAGGAAAUCGUACAAGAUAUAGAAAUUUGGUUAUAGGAAAAAUCGUCGAACUAUAUCCAUACUUUGCACGCCGAAUAAUCGAAAAAUAUUCCGAAAAACGAUCGGAUUGUGUUUUUGCAUGCAGAUUAGCUGUUGAUCAUUUGAAUGAUAGACAGUUUUUAGAAUUCAUGGAACCACUUUUGACAGAUAAAGAAACCAUAAUAUACAAAAUGGUAAUUCGAAGUUCCAAUCGACAAGUUCUUCCACUAAUAAUUGCACGUCUUCUCAAUAUGGCAGAUACUGUUAUUUCGCCACGUCCCGAAUCCACAUCAUUUUCUGAAAUGGGAACUGCUCCAUGGUGCACUCGUCUUUCAUAUUGUCUCGUGGAACUUAUGAACUCUGCAUUGGAACCUUGGACUGAACUAGAAAUUAUUACUGUCACUAGAUUUUUGUUUAGAACUGAUGCAAAUCCAUCAUCCUCAAUAUUACACUCUGCUGAUUCAAUAUCUGGUAUGGAUGAAGCCAUGGAUUUGAGUUUUCGUGAAGAAGCUCACUGUUCACAAGAUUCUGUUGUUCCUGAUUCGGAUCCUGAAUCAACACAAUCGGCUCAAAGACCAAUACCGGUUUCCCAAAGGACUGCUGUAGAGCCCAGUCCAUUCGGAGAUGCUCAUGAAUGUUUUGUACUGUCUGCGCUGCUCGCCGUCCCGUUUUUCACACAAUAUCCGCCUAAUCAAACGGGAGCAGUUCAACCACCAGAUCGAGCUGUUGAAAAUUGGCUUGAUGUGUCAAGAAGGAGAGUUCUGGCAGGGGAAAAGGUCACAUCAGCAUUUGGAUCGCAUCUGAUAUAUGUUCACUCGUGUAUAAUGUCUUCUCGAAUCGAAGAGCUUUCGGAGUUUGCAAGUUAUGGAAUGAAACAAAAAGUUGAGCUUGUUAAUCGUCAGAAUCACGUUCUUGUACUGAAAAACACUUUCACAUCACGUUGCAUGACAGAAAUGGAGGUUGCUAAGCGAAGUAUUUGCCAACUUGUCACAAAAUGCUCUAAUGGCGAGAGCUCGUACGCUCUUCGAACAAUUCAUGCACUUCAAGCUGCGGGGGUUUAUAAGACAUUCCAGAUAAAUAUUAGGUCAUGGUUGGAAGAACAAUUGGAUAAUAUAACACUGCCUGCUUCGCAACUUUUAGCAGAAGUUGUUGAUGGAUUUGCACAUAGUUCUGCUCAUUCCAAAGGAAAAGGUCUGAGUGAGGAAUUUAUUAAGAACACCUUCACUGGCGAUGUAUUCGAUUCUCGUACGAUUCCGAAACGGCUUUUCGUCCUAUUUUACAUUUGCUCGUACAGGGAAGCAGCUCAACGUCAUGAUGCGUCUCUUCGAAAUUCGCUGUACGACAAGUCUAUCUUCCUCAAGCUACCAGUUCGUUACAUACUCUCAGUUAUGGAAUAUCAGCACGAAAAGUUUGAGAAUGUGAGAUCCAAGAUUACCGCCAGAGCUGCAGUUCUAUUUUCGUAUUCUCUGCCAACUCCAGAAUCAAUGCAAAUUGUGGCUGAAAAUCAUGAAAAUGCAUCAGCAGAAGUAAUCGAGGAAGAACAAUUUGGUAGCAAUAUCAAUCAACGAAUAAAUAAAUUAAAAGAUAUCAAGAAUAUUAAAAUUAUAUUAGAAGUGAUCAAUCGAAGUAGUGUGAGAAUGCAAUUGGCUUCACUUCCCAUCAUUAUCGACAUCUUUAUGGAGUCACUGAAUUCAUCAACUCCGCAAGGCUUCGAACAACCUUUAAUGGCAAUUUUCGAUCGAUAUGAACAACUUGAUCCAUUUUCCCUGUUUCAACAAUCAACAAUUGCAUGGAUUCGAAACGAUGAAGAUAUUGUAUUGGAUGAUAUUAUCAAAAUUCCAUCGUUACUUUUCAGAUGUGACAGACGUAUUCUCUCAUCACCUCCACAUUUUAAUUGUUUCGUGCGAGCUCUAAACUUCUUCAGUAAAAUGGUUCGAAUCGAAAAUCGUCUCAAAACAAUGGAGAUUCAACACAAGGCGAUGGCUUCUGCAAUUGCACAUAAAAAUACUCUUUCAUUUUCCAGCUAUUGUCUCGAAUUGGAUCGAAAGGAAAAAGAGCUGCUAACGGGCUCUUAUCUAGAUACACAGCACAGUGUUCUCAUUCAUGCUCUAAUUGAAGUUUGUGAUUCAAAGCGAAUGAAAGAUGAUCCAUCUGACUUCUCCCUCCUCGAAAAACGUCGACAAAUCCGUCGUAUUGCCUGUGAAUAUAUUCAUCGAACAUUUUUGGAUUAUGAAGGUCUCAUUCGAGUCGUUCUUCAUCAACGCUUUCCACUUCGUCAAGUUCGUGAUCUAGUCGAAGGGAUUCCAGCUCUAUUCGCUGGAAAUGGUCUGAUCCUUGAAAUGCUCACACUUCCUGAACAGCAACGAAGAUUUUUCGCAGUGGUAUUUGCUGCGGAGAUAUGUAGAAAGUACCGAGUUCGUGAGUCGCUGGAGACAGCUCGUGUUGUAUGUGACAUUGUUCAUUCACUUCAUAAGCAUGGUGAACUUCCUUCUUCAUACAAAUUAUGGAAACAUGUGGCGCCGGCUCUCAUGCUUCUAGCUGUCGAGUUUCCAUCACUUGCUGAUAGUAUCAAUCGUCUUCUGACUCGUGUCGCAACAGCUGCGAAAAAUCGGCUUGCAGUGAGAUGUGGAAUGUUGGCUGGAGAUCCACGACAUGAAGAAUAUCAACUUAUCGCGAAAAUUUCCUCGUUUUUGGAUAGGAAUUCGGCACGUGAACGACUUUAAAAAUUAUGUUUAUCUUUUUAUUAAAUUUUCAACUUUUAUUAUCGUCUCUAUUGUUUUUAUGUUUCUUUUAUUUUAGUAUUUAUAUUUAAUUUUGUAUUAACUCCUUAUUUUCUUUCGAAGUUACACCUGCAAAUGUACAAGAUUCCCAUUCACGUUUAACGGGUUCCUAAUCUCGUUUCUUUCACUUUUGUCUUUAUGAAAUAAAUUAUCCCGAUUCAAAUC